AUGGGUAGUUUAGCAUACCUGCGGGCUGGAAAAAGGGCGUUGGCUCAUGAUCUUCUUCAGUUAGCCAACUUGGGGGUCAGACUAAUAGAUUCAAGAGAUGCAGGAGUUACUAUUCAGACUACAGCCACAUCAUUCUUAGUGGCUGAGGUGAAAAGGCGUCAGUAUGAGGACCCUUCAUUGACCCAUUGCAAGGAUACAGCUCCGCAAAAGAAGAAAUCACCAUUCGAGAUUACUGGAGAAGGAGUCCUCAGGUAUCGAGCUAGGCUGUGUGUUCCCGAUGUUGCGAGGUUAUGUCAGAAGAUUAUGGUGGAAGCUCAUUGCUCCCGCUAUUCUAUCCAUCCAGGGUUAACAAAGAUGUACCACGGCAUUAAAGAGGUUUAUUGGUGGAAUAGAAUGAAGAAGGAUAUAGCAGAACCUUUCCUAGAUCUGUUCGUGAUUGUAUUUAUAGAUGAUAUCUUGGUUUAUUCACCGUCAGAGGCUGAGCAUGUCGAUCAUUUACGUGCAGUGCUUAGAGUUCUUCUAGAUAGAGAGUUAUAUGUGAAAUUUUCUAAGUCUGACGAUUAUGUGAAGCUCUACCUUAGGGAGAUUUUACGACUUCAUGGGGUUCGUGCAGCCAUUAUUUCAGAUAGAGGAGCGCAGUUCACAGAUAACUACUGGAGAUCUUUACAGGAUGGAUUGGGGACUCAGGGAGCAGGAAGGGGCCUCAGCUCCAGCUCCAAUAGCCCAGUUCCUCCACCAGAUACCUCAGGCCAGCAGAUGAGAGAUGCUAUCCAGUUACUGACCCAAUUAGUAGCCGCCCAGGCCCAGUGGAAGGGUGUUGGCCAGGGUGAUAGCAGUCAGUGCAAGAGCCUGUGA